AUGUGAAAGGCUGCUAUUACAACUUCCAGCAUUACGAUGAAGGGGAUCGCAUCAUUACCAAUGAACCUUGCCUUAAUUGUACCUGCCACAAUAGGAUGCUUAUGUGUUACCUACGAGUCUGUCCGUUCACGAAAGGCAUUGGACAAGACUGCACUAUUGAGAAGAAGUCCGACCAGUGCUGCCCUGUUAUCACAUGCCCUGAAGUUCCUGUACACCUGUUGACGAGCUCAACAGCAGCGACGACUUCACCGGCUCCUACCGGAUCCACCACGGCCAUCGGCCAACUCGAUGAUCACGGCUGCACCAUCGACAGUACUUUCUACACAGAUGGUGCACAGGUACCAGGAAAUCCUAGCAAUCCAUGUGAACUCUGUUACUGCAUCCGAAACAAGACGGCAUGUGUUAUGCAAGAAUGCACGUUGCAAGUAGAAGGUUGUCGGCCUGUUUAUCAGCCAGGAGUAUGUUGUCCAAUCCGAUAUGACUGUG